GGUCCCGGUGCGCCGGUCCGCGGUGCCGCUCCGCCAGAUGCCAGCGAGCAGCGGCUGUGCGGUGCGCUAUCGCCCGGCUCCGCUUCACCCCGCAGCCCGAGCAUCACCUGAGCUUUACUGAACGGAGAGGAAGAAAGAAAAGAAAAGAAAAGAAAAGAAAGAAAAGUGCAGCUUGUGGCAAUUUGAAGAAGAGGUCCGAAGAGAAGGAAAGAGGAGGAGGCUGGGAGGAGGAGUAGGAGAGAGGUCAUCGCGCCCUGUCUUGAUCUGUCUCCGGGAAGAUGCUGCGAUCAUCCCUGCUGCCGCUUCUACUGGCGGUGGGGCUGUGCGCCGUCCGAGCUGGAAAAGUGAACAAACACAAACCCUGGAUUGAGACUUCUUACCACGGGGUGAUCACAGAGAAUGCAGACACUGUGCUGCUUGACCCCCCACUGGUGGCUCUGGAUAAGGACGCCCCUGUGCCCUACGCAGGUGAGAUCUGUGCUUUUAAGAUCCAUGGGCAGGAUGCGCCGUUCGAGGCGGUGGUCCUGAACAGGACGUCAGGGGAGGGCCUCCUCCGGGCCAGGCAGCCCAUCGACUGCGAGCUGCAGAAAGAGUUUACCUUCAUCAUCCAGGCAUAUGACUGCGGUGCGGGGCCUGGCGGGGGCGGCUGGAGGAAGUCCCACAAGGCGGUAGUGCACAUCCAGGUGAACGACGUAAAUGAAUUCCCGCCGGCUUUCCGGGAAGCCACAUACCACGCAGCUGUGACGGAGGGCAAGAUCUAUGACAGCAUCCUACAGGUGGAAGCUGCGGACCUGGACUGCUCCCCACAGUACAGCCAGAUCUGCAACUACGACAUCGUCACGCCUGACACGCCCUUUGCCAUCGACCGCAACGGAAAUAUCCGGAACACGGAGAAGCUGAGUUACGAUCGUCAGGCGCAGUACCGCAUCCUGGUGACUGCGUUUGACUGUGGCCAGAAGAGGGCGGAAGAGAGCGCACUCGUGCAUAUCGACGUCAAGCCCGUCUGCAAACCAGGCUGGCAGGGUUGGAGUAAGCGGGUGGAUUAUGAGCCAGGAACUGGCAGCAAGCAGCUCUUUCCCAAGAUGCACCUGGAGACAUGUGAGGGGCCGCUGUCCUCGGUGCGGACCACUGUGGAGCUGCAGACCAGCCACAUUGGGAAAGGCUGCGACCGGGAGACUUACUCGGAGAAAUCCAUGCAGAAGCUUUGCGGAGCCUCGUCGGGCAGCACGGACCUUCUCCCCGCCCCCAGUGCCUCCACCAAUUGGACAGCUUCGCUGCUGACGGACAGCGGGCGGGACAGCGACCUUAUCUUCCGCUUCGACGGGCGCCAGGCGGCCAAGAUCCCAGACUGGGUGGUGCCCCAGAACCUGACGGACCAAUUCACCAUCGCCACCUGGAUGAAGCAUGGGCCGAGUCCGGGCCUGCGAGCGGAAAAGGAGACCCUGCUGUGCAACUCAGAUAAAACUGAAAUGAACAGACACCACUACGCCCUCUAUGUCCAUAACUGCCGACUGGUCUUCCUGCUGCGGAGGGACUUCACCCAGGCAGGCACUUUCCGACCUGCAGAGUUCCACUGGAAACUGGAGCAGAUCUGUGACAAAGAGUGGCACUACUAUGUGAUCAACGUGGAGUUCCCCACAGUGAUGCUCUACGUGGAUGGUGUGACGUACGAGCCCUACCUGGUGACAGAUGACUGGCCAAUCCACCCAUCGCAGAUUGACGUACAGCUGACGGUGGGGGCCUGCUGGCAAGGUGGUGAGGUGACAAAGCCACGCUUCACUCAGUACUUCAGAGGCAGCCUGUCAGGACUGACAAUCCGGCCCGGGAGGAUCGAGAGCCAGAAGGUUAUUUCCUGUCUCCAGGCAUGCAAGGAGGGGCUGGACAUCAAUUCCCUGGAGAGCCUGGGCAAAGGCAUCAAGUUCCACUUCAACCCAGCCCAGUCCAUCCUGGUCAUGGAGGGCGAUGACCUGGAGAACAUCAACACAGCUGUCAGGAAGGUGUCCUACAUCAACUCACGGCAGUUCCCCACACCGGGCCUGCGGCGCCUACGCAUCUCCACAGCCGUGCAGUGCUUCGGCGAGGACACAUGCAUCUCCAUCCCGGACAUUGAGGCUGUGGUGAUGGUCCUGCAGCCCAGUGAACCGCAGAUCACCAUCACCGGAUCAGAGCACCUGAGCCGGCCGGCCCCUGACCUCCAGGACCCUGCUGGGCUGCUGCUCUUUCGGGACCUGCACAUCGUCAGCACCAUCAGCCGGGGCGAUGGCUCCGCCUACCGCACAGGUAUGACACCUGACGUACCAUCACCAGGGGCAACAGCUCCGCCUACUCAUCAUCUCAUGACACCCACAACAGCCCAUGGACCUGGGGUCCUGGAGGAGAUCAUCCACAACCUGGAUUACUGUGACCUCCUGGUGAUCGGGGAGGAGCUGCAAACGGAGGUGGAGUCCUUGCAGCUCCCACACGCUGCCCUACUGGGGAAACACCUCGACGCCACAAACUCCACAUCUGGUAUCUCCAUCUACGGCGUGGACUCCAUGUCCAACUACGAGCGGGUGAUCAAGCAGCUGAGGUACCACAACCGGCACGCAGCAGACCUGGGGGGCCGCAGGUUCAGACUCACCUGCUCAGAGCUCAACGGCCGCUACACCAGCAACGAGUUCAACCUGGAGGUCAGCGUGCUGCACAGCGUGCCCCCCCCGCAGCACAUAAACCACAUGGCAGCACAGCCCCAGUACCUGCAUGCCAUCCAGCAGCCGGUCGCCGGCCACAUCCCCAGCCACGCCCACAACUCCGCCAUCCCAAGCUUUGCCACCGUGGUGAUUGUGAUCUGCAUCGCCGCCCUGGUGGUCAUCGUGGUUCUGGGCAUAUACCGCAUCCACGUGGCCCACCAGCAGGACGCCAAAGGUGAACACGACAACAAAGACGAUGGAGAGAUGGAGUGGGACGACACAGCGCUCACCAUCACGGUGAAUCCCAUGGAGAACUUGGAGGGGACACAGGCUGCAGAUGAAGAGGUCAGUGAGGAAGAGGAGGAGGAAGACGAUGAUGAAGAGGAAGAUGAAUUGGAGGAAGAAGUCACGAGCGCAGAGUCUGAAGAAAGUGAUGAGGAGGAGACUCGGGGCCCCCAGGGGCCUCAUGAGGGCGACAGGAGGGGCCAGUUGGAGUGGGACGACUCUACAUUACCUUACUAAACACACACAGCCAUGUUCAGUAAACCUGCACCUGAUUCUAAGGCUACUGAUUCAUUGGCAAGACUACCAUCUUCCAAAAGGUCUGUUUUUCUGAAAAUCAAGCCCUUUACAAAAUGUACUCUGCUGAUCUGAAAUGUGUACGGCACAACAAAUUUGCUCCCAUAGAGACUGCAGUGUGAAUAUAGGCUAUUUUCCCUCUUCUGUCCUUCAAACAGUAACUGAUUAUGGCUGUCAAUCACUGUCGUACGUAAAUUAUAAAAAGACCACAGUUAAUAGGCGCACACAGUCACACCCUAAGCUUGUACUUGUAAUUUCAGGCUCCAUUUAGACAGCUGGAUGGCUGCAUUUCACACCUUCACUUCGGAUCACUACUUCCUACAGAAAAAAGUGAGGGUGCGUCGUCUUGUUGAAAACCCGUAGUCUUUGCCCAAACACAGUAAUUUGCUUGUUAGAAAUCCCCUCAGCAAUCUUCUGGGUGUAAAGUCACACACGAAAUAUUUGAAUUUGUUAAUUCUCGUUUCCCCCCAAAAUACCCAGUUGGUCACAGCGUCCAUGACGGGGGAAUGCGAGAGUCCACAAUGAUUUAAACAUCUUGCAAUGUAACCCCCCCGCGACCCCAGUUGGGAUUAAGCGGUGUUAGAAAAUGGAUUGAUGGAUGGAUGCAAUGUAACCAGGCGCGAACCGGCCAUCGGGAAGUUCAGGAAAUUUUGUCGGUCGGCAAAAUAUACCAAGGGGGAGGACUCCCCCCGGUCAGCGGCAAAAUUAUCAAAGUGAAGUGACGGCAAAUUCCCGGGCUGCUUUUUCUCCAGUCCGCGCCUCAUGUAAGCUGUGUCCUUAUGUGAAGUACCACGGGAAUUUUAAAAUAAUGUACCUUUAAUAAAUAUGGUUAAUUUAUUUGCAAUAUUUUAAUAUAUUAAAGCCGUUUUUUUUUCUUGCAGUUGAUUAUAUUUUACUUAUGUCGAUCUAAAUGUUAGAUCUCUUUCAAAUGUUUAUUUUAAUGGUAAUUCUAAAUCUGUAGAGAUGCGAGACAAAAACUCCGUUUAUUCACGCUGGAUUUAUAUAUGGUUUGAGAAUCAGACUUCUGCGGAAGCCUCCCUUUCCGUUGACAGCGAGGGAGGAGUGCGGCUGUACACUUUUAUAUACCGGUCUGUACAUAGCGUGUAGAGUAGCGUACCCGAUUCCCGUCUCACAAGCCUUCCCCCUGUCCAUGUGCAUCCACACGUCCCGGUCCCCUUUCUGUGUACCCAUGAUGCCGUGUGCUGUCCCGUACGGGCUCAGAUGAUCCAAGCGGAGCCGGCGCGGUUCCCGUGCACUCCCAGGGCGGACCCCUUAAGACCGCGCCGCGGUGUCGCCUGGCCGGAUUCGGAGAGGCUGAAAGAUCAUCACGAGGAGGCCGAAGCCCUUAUCGUCAGCAAUACUACCGGAGAAACACCCGUUACUCUCUGGGGUCUCUCCACCCGGAUCGGGACAGGUGUAGGUACGUGUAAGUCUGUGUCAGUGGUUUCUCUUUGCCAUCCGUGACCGUGACUCCCCCCUCCCACUUUUUAGACUCGGAUCCCCAAUCUCCGGCUCUUUCCAUACCGUUCAUUGGAUGCAGGGAGAUUUAUGUCGACUCCAUGUUUGCCAGCUGUCUGUUAGACGAGAAAAGGAGAGGGCGAAGUGCAGUGUCCCAAGCCUGUAAAAUGUGUAUAACGUUUUUUAAUUGCAGUUUCUCUCCGACUUUGUUAUGGGUUUCCUUCUGUUCCGGUGGUCACUACAGCACUGUACAUCGGCCAAAUAAAGAUCUGUUUUACAAUC